AUUCCUCGUCACAUCGGUUUAAGGCAGCCCGUGCGCCGUCUACAGGCAAUCAGACACCCGGGGGAGCCUCUAAACGACUCCACACCCCCUCGUUGCCAUCCUGCUGCUCGCGCGCGACCGCUGCUGCGGCACACGCUGCGACACAGGCCCACAAAACCAGCAAGCUCUUUUGCCCAUCGUCGACGCAGGCCGUGCAAGAUGCCCGUACCGAUGGGCGACGAAACCGACGACGAAAUCGACGACGGCGAGGAUGAGCCGAUACGACGCGGUUCCGCGGAUAUGAUUCCGGCCGAGAUGCGCGAGACGACGCAGGAGCUGCGGCGCCAGCUGCAGAUCGAGAAGCAGGUGGCGCGCGACGCCGAGCGCGAGCGCGACGAGGUGUUGCGCGAGCUGAGGGCCAUGCGCGCGGAGCAGGCUGCGCGGUACGAUCGGUUGGCGGCCCUGAAAGCCAAGCUCGCGAAGGACCCGGAGAACCCCAGACCUACAGUGUCAGAUCGGGUAGCGGCCCUGCGGGCCGAGGCGCGCGAGAAAACGGCGCAACUAGCACAGGCGCAUGAUCGUGAUCCUUCUCUCGACGAUCUCGAGGCCGGAGUCACCUCCAUGCAGGUCGGGCAGAAACGCGCUCGCAUUGGGAUCGAGGAGCGCAAAGAUGUCGCGGAGCGGGAUUAUGCCUCGCUCGGGGCUCGGGUGCAAGAGCUCGACGAGACCGUCGCCGAGCUGCGCCGACAGUUGGAAACGGAGAAGAAGGCCAAUCACGAGGCCCUCGUGACGUGCAUGCGCGGGCGCACCAAGGCCGAGGAAUAUAACAAGGUUUUAGUGAAGCUGGUCGCCGCUUACGAGCGUGUGACCCCUCCGGAGAAGAUCGCGCCGAUCGCCGCUCGGAUCUGGGCGCGCGCGCCCACGGUACCGGGCGGUGCCGCGACGGCGCCCGAGUCCGACGAAGCGGAUCCCGGGGAUAAGCGCCCCGUCCCGCCUGGACAGGAGGCCCAGAAGGUCAAGAAGCCCAAAUUGGCCGCGCCGACGCCGUCGGGAAUGGAGUUGGCGGAAACGUGCCUAGACCGCGACGCUGCACCGGAGAAGCCCACCACCGUGAGCUCCGAUGAGCGCAUACGCGCCGUCGAGGACCGCCUCGCGAAGCAGGCGAGCAGACACGAGAGAGAGAUGGAGGCGCUUCAUGUGGCGUGCGACGCGGCCGAGGCGCGCGCCCGCAAGCUCGAGGAGCAGCUGAAGAACCGUGCGGACCGCGCCCUCGGCGACGACACCGAGUAGUUCCACGCGCCUGCUGACGCUUUCCACCCCACGUUACGACCUCCCCCAAGUACUAAGGACGCUGAGCCUAGUAAUUUCUGAUCCGGGCCGGGUAGUACGUACAUACGCCUCGUGGCGUCGCCAAUGAGCUCUCUUUGUGGGCCUUGACGGCUCGACCAGUAGCACUAGCUUUUUGGUUGCAAAGCCUUCUCUCUCGUCACAUCGGUUUAAGGCAGCCCGCGCGCCGUCUACAGGCAAUCAGACACCCGGGCAGCCUCUAAACGACUCCACGCGCCCCCGUCGCCAUUCUUCUGCUCGCGCGCGACCGCUGCUGCGGCACACGCUGCGACACAGGCCCACAAAACCAGCAAGCUCUUUUGCCCAUCGUCGACGCAGGCCGUGCAAGAUGCCCGUACUGAUGGGCGAUGACGACGGCAGUUGGAGGAGGGGCAGUACGGAGGAGGGGCAGUUGGAGGAGCAGUUGGAGGACAUGCGCUUCGACCGCGAUUGCGCGCGCGCGACCAUCGCGGAACAAGACAAGCGCAUCCUAAUGUUGGAGGAACAGUUGGCAGAGGCGCGCAAGGCCCUCGACGCGCACGACGACGCCGAUCGGCUCUACGCGAUACCUUCAAUACAAGAUACUCUGUCGGACGACGUGAAGGAGACUCACCAUGCCCUGCUCUCGGAUGAUGUGGUGUUUCUCCUGUUGUCGCGGCUCGCUCUCUCGGACGGCACUGGGGCGGCCGCGGCCUGUAAGAUAUGGCAGUCUCAGUGGAAGCGGCGAUGCGCGGGCAUGCUGCGCCUGGCCAGGCAUCGCGUCGGAACUUUUGAGUUUUGCCAACACGUUGUCGCCAACCCCGGCGGAGGCGUGAUUGUCUCAGACUAUCACAAAUCACGACUCAUGGUGUUUUCGCCGGAGGGCGAAUCCCUGGGCGCAUUCCAAUCCCCUCGUAUAAUCUGGACGCCAGGUGCGGUGGCGCUCCUCGGCGACGAGAGCAAUACGGCCUGGGUACUAGACGAAGACAGGGAACGCCUCAUCUGCGUGCGAUUAGGCGAUGCCAUGGGGGGUGACAAGAUUCUAACGCCGUCCGACCGCAUCGUUAGUCCGGUUAUGGACUAUAAAUGCCCCAAGGCCCUCGCCCUUAGUCCCGGUGGUGAAUUCCUGCUCGCAAUAGUUAACGAUUGGGUCGGUGAAGUUCUCGUGCUCAACUCUCGAGAUGGAACUCUUGUGAGCCGCUUCGGCGAAGAGGAAGAUGAUACGUUCGGAAACUUACAUUCACCUUGCAGCCUGGCGGUCCAGGACGAUUACUGCUUCGUCGCCGAUACGUACAAUCAACGAGUCAGUGUCUUCAACUGGCGCAGCCAGACCUGGGUGCGCUGCUUUGGACGGCGAGGCGCGUUCCUCCACCACCGUACUUGGACAUCUGACCCGGAAAUUCCGCAUCCGUACUGGUUCGAUUCGGAAAUGAGCAAUGGCGACGCCGAAUAUGAAGAUGAACGCAAAGGAACUGGGCCGGGCGAGUUCAUUGAACCCGUUGGCGUCGCGGUGCAUGGCAACACGCUAUAUGUUUCUGAAUUAGUCGGUCGCAGGAUCCAGGUCAUGCGGCUGCCCGAGAAUAUCCUCGAUUUGUCCUCAGAGCCGCAGGUGUUGCAGAUUAUCCCGGCGCCCGGUGGUCAACGGCUAGGUGGUCUUUGUGUCGACGGUGAGCGGUUGUGGUGCGCGGGCCCUCUCUCUAUUUACACUGAGCUUGGUAAACCCCCCAAAUACACCUACGUGAGCCUGUUUUCGCCGUUUAGCGGAGACGAGCAAGGACCGCGACCGCGCGCGGCCUAAGCACGCGACGACGCCAACCAGCAAGGCCCGCCCCCGUCGUCCGCCUAGGCCGCCGGCACCCCUUCCCUUCCCCCCGCGUAAGGACCUCGAC